AUGGAGAACUACUCCAUCCCAACUGAAUUCAUCCUUUUGGGAAUCACCAGUGAUCCAGAACUAAAAGUAAUCAUUUUUGUCCUCUUCCUCAUUAUUUAUUUGGUUAUUCUUAUAGCAAAUCUUGGGAUGAUCAUCUUAAUCAGAAUAGACCCCCAACUUCACCAUCUGCCCAUGUACUUCUUCCUUAGUCACAUGUCCUUCUGUGACCUUUGCUAUUCCACAGCUAUUGGACCCAGAAUGCUGGUGGACAUCUUUGCCAAAAACAAAUCUAUUUCCUUCAUUGGUUGUGUUCUACAAUUCUAUUUUUUCUGUUCCUUUAUAGAUGCUGAAUGUUUAUUAUUAGCAGUUAUGGCUUUUGAUCGCUACAUGGCCAUAAGCAACCCUCUGCUUUAUACAGUAAAUAUGUCUAGCCGAAUUUGCUACUUAUUAAUGUUUGGUGUUUAUGUGGUGGGAGUGGUGGAUGCUCUACUCCAUUCUAUAUUAACCUUCAAACUAAGUUUCUGUGGAUCCAAUGUGAUUAAUCAUUUCUUCUGUGAUGUUCCUCCUCUUUUAUUAAUCUCUUGUUCUGAUACUCAUGUCAAUGAGCUAGUGAUCUUCAUUGAAUUUGGCUUUAUUGAAAUUGUCACUAUUUCAGCAGUCCUCAUUUCUUAUUGUUAUAUAUUUUUUUCUGUUUUGAAGAUUCGCUCAGCUGAAGGCAGAGGCAAAGCCUUUUCUACCUGUAUCUCCCACUUAAUUGUUGUUACUAUAUUUCAGGGUACUAUUCUUUUUAUGUACAUCAGACCAAGUUCUGCCUAUUCACUAGCCCAAGAGAAAAUGACCUCCUUGUUUUAUACCCUUGUCAUUCCCAUGUUAAAUCCCUUGAUAUACAGUUUGAGAAACAAAGAUGUGAAAGGGGCCUUGGGAAAACUGAAAAAUAAAUUAUGUUCUUAA